CACAACUGGCGGCGAAGGCGCCGAAGGCCAAGCAUGCAAGUAUCUUUAGCUGGACGCUGGAAGGAAUCUGGAUGACUCCUACCCAUGAAGGAAUAGGUACCUCAGAGUGUCGUUGCACAGCCAACACGUGGACACGAUGACUACAAUACCAGUGUCUGGAUUUGUCGUCCUCUCGGCAUCAAUAAAAAAAGAGGUGGAAACAAUUCUCCUGCGCAACACUGGACAUAGAAACUGGUGGUGCGGACGUUCGUGGCAAUGAGUCAAACAUGGACCACGACUGCCUUACGUAUUCUAUAAAAGAUUCCACCAUUUUCUUUUAUCAUAAAGCAAGUAUUCUAUGAUCGCUUUCCAUUUUCUAGUUUACGAUUAUUUCUUGAUUCUGCGCGUAUCGAUUCUUCUGUCGCCUGACUGUUGGAGUCGAGAUCAGUAGUUUGAAGUGGACAGGAGGGGAGCAGAGUGACACUAUGUAGCAUUUUAUUUUUCUUCUCAUCUUUAGGUGUCCAUCGUGUUGAUCUAAAAUGACGAGGGAUGGCCAAGCGUUUGUUUCUUCCAAGCUUCAGUUUCUGUUUCAUCUUGCUUCUUUUGCUCUGUUUGCAUUCGUCUUCUCAUGGCAUUGGGGUCCUGAUGCUGCAAAACUUCCACAAUCGGGAGGGUUUGGAUGGUUUUAUAAGUUCUUGACCUUCUGCGGGUUUAAUUUUCAAUUGCUGACCCUCUCUGUUGUUGUUCUUAGCCACCUCAUUCCAAAGAAUGAAAGAUUGAAGAUUGUUGCCGAUGAUCUAUCAUGCACAGUCUUUCCUAUCGCAAAUGCUAUUAGUAUUCUGUACUGGGGUAUACUUAUCCUCACCAUGAAGCCUGUUGAAGAAGAGAUUGACGGAAAUAUUCGCAGAACUGUUACGCAUGGUUUGCAAAGUAGUGCUCCAUGGUACAUAAACCUGACAGUACACUUAUUCAAUUCUAUUAUAGCGUGGGUCGAUAUUAGCAUUUCCGAGCGUACAUUCAGAACACGAGCAUUUUUUCUAUCUUUCGCCUUCGCUGUUGGCUACAUUUGCUGGUCGCAAUACGCCACUUCGAUCAACAAGAUCUACCCAUAUCCGUUCUUAAACACGAUGCCUCAACCACAAGGGUAUAUUCUGGUCUCCAUAGUUUCUCUGCUCAUACUGUACCUCUUCUCCAGAAUCGGAGCCAAGGUGGCCGGUCAUUCCUCAUCAGCAUUCAAGAAAACCAAGGUGACUUAAGGUUGGAAGUUUUUCUUCCCGUGAACAUUUGGGACGCAGCAGCAGGGAGGAAACCUCUUGAUUUGGAAUUGAGUGACAGAAGUGUACAGAAUCUGAGUAGUGCAGAGCUACGCAACCAAGCUGACACAACGUUUACUGGCGGAGAGUCUUGCCCCAGGGGAAUUUGUAUUGAUGCUUGAGACUCCUGAGCUGCUUUGGAAAGUGUAUGACUAGUUGGCUGGCGGCCUUCGCCUUUUGUAGUGCCCGUAGAUAUUUCAAUGUGUACAGAUCGUAGCUCGACCUCACCCUCGGGUGUGUAUGUUUCGAGUGUUUUAUGUCAUGCUCCUGAUGCAAGGCUUUGUUUCGUUGAAAUAUGAACUUGGAACCAAUUUUUACUGUAUCCUUGCUGGAAACAAUGGUCUUUGCUCAACGAAAUAAACGAGAUUCCAAACCUUCCUCGA